AAAAAAGAUGAAAUUAAAAACAUAGGAUAGAAUUUGGGAAUAGGAAGCAGAGAGGAUAAGAAAACAAAAAGCAGAAGAAGCAGACAUGGUGAUGCGCAAACACUGAACUGCAAUUCAAUUUAAACCAAAAGGAGUCACCUCUAACACGCAAGCUCAAUGGCAGUGGUUGCACUGUCCAGUUCCACUUCCUUAUUCUCCACUGUUAAAUUCCAUUACUCUUUCUCUCGCACACCAAUCGUUUCUCUCCAUUACAAUCCACCCCGUCUCUCCUCUUCCCCCAAAUCCAAUCGACAAAAGGAAGGUGCAGGGCAGAAGAAGCAACUGGGGCAGUCAAAAGAUGAAAGGUCUACUAGAGGGAAUGUGGUGGAAUCUCAAUCUACUAAGGCGUUUGGGAUUAAUAGGAAAGAUAAGGACUUUAUGUUCGACUCCAAGGAUCAACAGGUUGAACCAAGCAAUUUACAAGAUUCGGCUUUCCUCAAUGCUGUUGUGAAGGUUUAUUGCACCCAUACUGCCCCGGAUUAUUCACUUCCUUGGCAAAAACAGAGACAAUAUACAAGUACUGGCAGUGCAUUUAUGAUUGGAGAUAGGAAACUAUUAACCAAUGCACAUUGUGUAGAACAUGAUACGCAGGUUAAAGUCAAGAGAAGAGGGGAUGAUUCAAAAUAUGUGGCUAAGGUUUUGGCCAGAGGUAUUGACUGUGAUGUAGCUUUGCUCUCAGUAGAAAGUGAGGAGUUUUGGAGAGACGUGGAACCUCUCAGAUUUGGACGCUUGCCACAUCUUCAGGAUUCUGUAACUGUUGUGGGAUAUCCUCUUGGAGGAGACACAAUUUCGGUGACAAAAGGAGUUGUAUCUCGUAUAGAGGUUACGUCAUAUGCUCAUGGAUCAUCUGAUUUGUUGGGCAUUCAAAUUGAUGCAGCAAUAAAUCCUGGUAAUAGUGGAGGCCCAGCUUUCAAUGACCAAGGGGAGUGCAUUGGAGUGGCAUUUCAGGUCUACAGAUCUGAAGAGGCUGAAAAUAUUGGAUAUGUGAUUCCUACAACAGUUGUAUCUCAUUUUCUGACUGACUAUGAAAAGAAUGGCAGGUAUACUGGUUUCCCUUGCCUUGGUGUACUUAUACAGAAGUUAGAGAAUCCUGCACUGCGUGCUUGUUUGAAAGUACAAUCUAUUGAGGGAGUAUUGGUACGAAGAGUUGAACCAACUUCUGAUGCAAAUAAUGUAUUAAAGGAGGGUGAUGUGAUUGUCAGCUUUGAUGAUGUUCGUGUUGGUUGUGAAGGAACAGUCCCAUUCCGAUCAAAUGAGCGAAUUGCCUUCCAUUACCUCAUCAGUCAAAAAUUUGCAGGUGAUACAGCAGAGCUUGGUAUCAUCAGAUCUGGGACAACAAUGAAAACUAAAAUUGUUUUAAAUCCACGAGUUCAUUUGGUUCCCUACCACAUUGAUGAAGGUCCGCCUUCCUAUCUAAUAAUUGCUGGUUUAGUGUUCACACCCCUCUCGGAGCCAUUGAUUGAGGAGGAAUGUGAAGACUCUAUAGGGCUAAAAUUACUGGCAAAGGCACGUUAUUCAUUGGCAAGGUUUAAAGGGGAACAGAUUGUAAUUCUUUCACAGGUCUUGGCAAAUGAAGUCAACAUAGGUUAUGAAGAUAUGAGCAAUCAGCAGGUUGUAAAAUUCAAUGGAACUCCAAUUAAAAACAUUCAUCACCUUGCACACCUCAUUGAUUCAUGCAAGGACAGGUAUCUGUGUUUUGAAUUUGAAGAUAGCUAUGUAGCUGUUUUGGAGAGAGAAGCUGUUGCUACUGCUUCAUCCUCCAUACUCAGAGAUUAUGGUAUUCCAUCUGAAAGAUCUUCUGAUCUUUUGAAACCAUAUGCGGAUACACUAGAAGGUGACCAACCAACUGAAAAGGAAUUUGGUGAUAGCCCGGUUUCAAAUUUUGAAAUUGGCUCUGAUGGACUACUAUGGGCAUAAUAAAUUUCCACCUGAAGAUGUCAGAGUAAAUUUUCAGAUGACGGUAAUAUUUGAAGCCUGUGAUCACAAUUUUGGGCUGCAGAAAGUGAAGCAACUGCAUGAGGUAAACUUGAUGUGAACUCAGGAAUGGUUUCAUGGUACCCGGGGUCAUGCCGGAAGCGGUAAUAGCCCCCCUCCAACCCAUUGAAGUUGCUUUUAGUAAGGGAUAGAAGCAUAGGAAAGAGAGUAAAUGAUUUUUUGCCCAUGUAGUUUUUUAUUCUUUCACGUCAUUCAUCAUGAUUUGAUAAACCUGAUUGAUCUCUUCAGUUUUGAUUCUAAAAUUUUAAGGUACAUUCUAUAUUUUUAAGGAAACAGUGUACACACAGCAGUGACUCAAGCCUUUGAUUCAAUCAAUCUAACAUUUCACUAUACAUUUCAUUAAGUUA